ACUCAAUGGAAUGUAAAACUAAGUUCCUGUACUAUGGAUGCUGUGAAAUCUUAGUCAAUACCAGCGUUUCAGUAAGCAUUUUGGUUUUUCCCGAAUUCUGAGCCAACAAGGAAAAACAUUCUUUGGUGUGCAGGGGUUGAGCAGCUGAGGACCCUCCUCUAUACCAUCCCAUUUUCCUUUUGGCUAGAACAGCAAUCGCACAAAACGCAUAGUAUUUCAAACCUUUAGAGGUCUCGAAGCUGUUAAAUAUUUCUGCAGUUUCUGUGCCACGGUGGAACCCUCCCUUAAGAUUUUCAGCCCAGCUGCCCUGCAUUUCCAGAAAACAUGUUGAGGCUUAGAUCUGGACUACCAGGGGAGCACUGUAAGGGGGCUUGGAGCUGUGUGUUCGCACUGUAAGGCUGCAACUUACUGCUGGGAGAGAAGGCACAACCCCUUCACUGAAUAAGAAGCCGCCAAGGAUUAGGACUGAAUACCCUUUCCUCCUCCCCGAAGUUAUGCUUUCCUUCUGUGGUACAUGCCAGAGCCCUGCUCUCCCAGCCCUGGUCCGUCCACCAGCCCCUCCUCUGCAACCUUCGCUGGAUAUCAAACCCUUUCUUCCCUUUCCUCUGGACACUGCUGCGGUCAACCUCUUCCCCAAUUUUAAUGCGAUGGACCCGAUUCAGAAAGCUGUAAUAAAUCAUACAUUCGGGGUUCCUCUUCCUCAUCGAAGAAAGCAAAUCAUAUCAUGCAACAUUUGCCAGUUGAGAUUUAAUUCUGAUAGCCAGGCUGCGGCCCACUACAAAGGCACGAAACAUGCCAAGAAGCUCAAAGCACUGGAAGCCAUGAAAAAUAAGCAGAAAUCUGUAACUGCCAAGGACAGCGCAAAGACUACCUUCACCUCCAUCACUACCAAUACCAUCAAUACCAGCUCUGACAAAACAGACAGUACCGCAGGGACACCAGCAAUAUCAACGACAACUGUGGAAAUUCGCAAAAGCAGUGUUAUGACAACUGAGAUCACCUCCAAAGUGGAAAAAAGCCCCACAACAGCCACUGGCAAUAGCUCAUGUCCUUCCACGGAGACCGAGGAAGAAAAGGCAAAACGGCUUCUUUACUGUUCGCUAUGCAAGGUUGCUGUCAACUCUGCCUCACAGCUGGAGGCACACAACAGUGGUACUAAGCACAAAACCAUGCUAGAAGCCCGGAACGGAAGUGGGACUAUCAAAGCCUUUCCCAGGGCAGGCGUGAAAGGCAAAGGACCAGUUAAUAAGGGAAACACAGGUCUGCAAAACAAAACGUUUCACUGUGAAAUCUGUGAUGUGCACGUCAACUCGGAAACACAACUUAAACAGCACAUUAGCAGUAGAAGGCACAAAGACAGAGCUGCUGGGAAGCCCCCGAAACCUAAAUACAGUCCUUACAACAAACUACAGAAGGCAGCACAUCCACUGGGGGUAAAAUUAGUAUUUUCAAAAGAACCUUCAAAGCCAUUGGCUCCGCGAAUUCUACCAAACCCACUGGCAGCUGCAGCGGCCGCUGCUGCCGUGGCAGUGAACGCCCCCUUCAGUCUCCGAACUGCCCCAGCGGCAACACUGUUCCAGACCUCGGCGCUGCCUCCAGCACUCCUGCGGCCAGCUCCUGGACCUAUUCGGACCGCCCACACUCCUGUGCUGUUUGCUCCUUACUGAAUUCCAAAUGGGAGUACUUGUACUGCAAUAAUUUUUCAAAAGACAAAACAAACAAAACAAAAGAGAACUAUGCAGUGUUUAUUUAUAGUUUAAAGUAUAUCCGAAGAGCCAGGACUUUUGAUAGUGAAUUGAAAAGAUUAUUUAAAAAAAUUAAAAAAAAAAAAAGGAGGGAGGUUUGGGGGGGAGGGGAGGGGUGGUAUUUUCUCCAAAUUAAAGCAUUCCUCUUGAACAUUGAUUGUUUUAGAAGUGAUCUCCAGCAUUGACUUGUAGUGGUAUCUAGAAUUUCUGAAGCCUUUGUGACUGUGCUUUUGGGCACCUAUUUCCCUCUGCAUUGUCUUUCCUGCUUUAUGAAACAACUAUACAUUGUAAGGGCAUUAACUGGUUCCAGUGUAUAUAUAUAAUAAUUUACUCUGUAGAUUAAGAUAAUAUGAAAAGAAGAAAAACAAAACAAAACAAAAAAAACAUAAAAACACACACACACACACACAAAAGCAACACUGUGAAUAGUAGUACCCGUGCUGGUCCUCUUGCUAUGACAGCAAUUACUGGGUAUUUAUCCCAACAAAAGUAGAUACAGUAGAUGUCUUGUAAAACAAUAGUGCUGUGUCUCAAUCUAUGCCACUAGGUUUUAAAGAGUCGCAAAAGGUAGAAUGAAGAACUAUUUCAUGCCAGUAAACAGUCAAACGAUAAACAAACACCAGAGGGUUUGUGGAGGUCUUCCUGGUCCACAUUCUCCCCCUCCUGUCCAGCUUGUAAGACUUUAAGUUGAGGACAAGAGAGCAGGGCUAAGCAUCGAGAUAGGGGAGACAUUAAUAAAGGUAGUUUCUUACAAAGUACUCAUUUUCCCACCCUGAGGCAGCAUUGCUGGGAAUCGGGAAGGCUUUGUAAUGAAACUAUAUCUGAAAACAGGUAAACCCGUGCAUCAUGGGUGUUUCGAAAGAAAUCAGUACAAGUGUUUUGUUUCAUGGAUAAGGAACGGUCACGACCUAAGAUGAUAAUGCAAAGUAAAGGUUUUUCAUGUUAGUGUAUAUCCAAAACAAGAAACAAAAACAAAAAAACACAGAGAAUAUUGCAUCUCUGCAAUAUAUCCCCUUUAUAUCAUACCAGUAAGGCUGUGUCUUAGGCAAAGGUUUCUGCUUUGAAUAUGAUGAUAGAUGUUAGCUAUUGUUGUGGGCUUUUUCUUGUUUUUUAGAUUUCCUACUGACAUGAUAUAAACAAUUAAUAUAUAUUUAAGUGUUAGUAAAACAAGAAAAAUGAAUCUGAGUUGAUUGCAGACCAAGGAUAUAGUGUUGGAAAAAAACCUGGUAGGGCGCACUUGACCAUCAUUUCUCUAGUGGAGUUGUGAAAUCUGGCAGCCUUCUGUGUUCACCGUAAGGCUGAAAGGAGUUGAUGUUUUACCUUUAAAACAAGAUUUAUCAGGGGUAUAUAUAAAUAUAUGUAUAUUGUAUAUAUGUUAGAAAGAUUAAGAGAAUAACUUAUAAAAAGAAAAUCUAUAUAAAAUAAUUAUAUAACCAUCCCAUGUUACAUGUUAUCAUUAAGUUGGUAACGAAUGGCAUAAAAAUAGCUGUGCCUUUAAUUUGUGAUAAAGGCUAUUUGCUUUUUCCCAUAGAAAGCUAACAUAUACCUAUCACUAUGAUGGGGUUUGAUGCAGCCAGUCUGUUGCAUUAAUAACAACAAGGAUACUCAAACUUAGAACAAUGAUAAAACAUGUACAAAUCAACCCUACAUGAUUUAGGUUUAGAGAAAAAAAAUAUUUUUGAAAAGGUUUUGUAAAGACUAUUUAAAAUAUAGGGAAGGGCUGGAUAUGGCCUUCCUAAAACUGCUCUUAUCUAAACUGUAGUAACUUUUUGAGAGGUAUAAAGAUUCAAGAUGAAACCAUUUGAGAGAUAGGUAUUUAGCAUUUGUCAUUUUAUAUUUAAGAAACACCCAUAGCGUGCUUGGUGCUCAACAUUGAACGUGGUCUUUGGAGUUCUUCUCCACCAUCUAUCUAGCUAUAGACAUUUGUCAUAUAAACGUAUCUUUAAAGCAGUUGGCUUUAUAUAUCUUUUGUUAAACAAAAAAAAAAAUAAGGGUAGAAGGAAGGAAGGAAGGAAGGAAGGAAGGAAGGAAGGAAGGAAGGGAAAAAAGGGAGGAGGGCAGGCAGACAAGACAAAAAAGUCUUUCAUUAGUCCUUGGGAAAAAGAAUUUCAAACCAUACACGUCUGGUUAAACAUGUUGGUUAGUAUUAAAAUUUGUUUUUUGAGAGUAUCUGGUGAUUUUACAUUUACCAAUACCUCUACAAUCUGGUGUUAGCAAGUGUUUCCUUUUUUCACUCACAGACCCUACUAGUUCAGUCAGAUGGAAAGUUGCUCAUGAGUUUGUUGUUUGGGGCUCUGUCUAUAUCUCGUGUGACCAGCUUCUGACCGAUUUGAACUUAAGUUGCCUUUUUCUGCUUUGUCAAAUAUUUUUAUCUUUCGCUAUAAGUUAGCCUGAAUCCUUAUCCAACAACCUUUAGCCCUGAGAAAACCUCUUUCUAUUGGAGAACCUGAUGUUAACUGAUGCAAUCUCACUACUCUGUGCUUUUGCUAUUCUUUCCCCAUUUUCACCAAAGUGAACAAGCCAGUCCACUAGAAGUCAGGGCCUGUGGGAUGCAAAGAGUCCUGGAUCACAAGGUGUUACUAACUUUAAUGAUUUGCUGGGAGCAAACAAAUCAGCCAUAUUUUCUCCAUCAGCCAUAUGAGAAAACUCAGAAAUACCUAACUCCCUUCUGCCUCACUUCGCUAUGGAACCAUUUUUGUUUAAAUGGUCUCUUAAAUUGGAGUUGUAAUCAUCAGUUGUCUUUUACUCACUACCUAAUAAAGGAUGAAGCCUAACUAUAGAACUUA